AUGCCUCCCUUCCGCAACUUUCUGGCUCGAAAGCCCCAAGCCAACGGCACGGGCCCAGAUGGCUUCGACGAGGCUGAUCUAUCGCCCAGCUCACAAUCGUCUCCUGUCGCGAUCCGACGCAGUGAAGAUCAACAGCCGCCGGAGUAUAAAAUGAGUGUCGUGAAUGACAGCGGCGUCUAUCUUCCGCCGUCUCCACCUGAGAAGCAAAGCUUCUGGAGUCGUCAGACUGGAUCGAAACGCACAACCAAUCAUCGGGAUCUCGUCGAUAAUAAUGAGCCUUUCUCGAUAUCACGCGAGUCCUUCGACUCUUAUCGUCGCUCUUUUGAUAUUUCGGCGCGUUCCCCAGUGACACACUCGGAUGCAGCACCAUCGCGCACUUCACUCGACUCCCGCUUCUCCCGCAUCACAUCGCCAGCGACUCAAUCUACGAGUUUCGAGAAGCCCGAACCAAUGGAAGAGGAGGUCUUCGAAGACGUCGGAUUGACCGACGAGAACAAACCGAAGAAGAAGGGGUUCCUAUCCCGAUUCGGCGAUUCCUCCGAUGCGUCGUCACCAAACAGCAAAACGUCUACUCCCUUUGGAUUCCACAUCCCCGGUACCAGAAAACGCGGCCAAAGCGGGGUUGGGUCGGAGUUGAAUCCCAUACAACCAUCGACUCCAGUGCCACAGGCUUCGACUGGGAAUGAGUAG